UAUUCGUCAGCACCGAGUUCGAUGUCGAAUAAAUUUAUGCAUUUGACUAACUACAGUAUUAACAAAUUGGCACAAUCUGAAGGCGAACGUACGACACCGGUACCAAAAUGGAAACUAUCGGAUUUCUGGGGAUAUGUUGCUGAUCGCAUUGAUAUAUGCCUCCUAAAACAUCGAAUUGUUGAUCUUAUCAUCAAAGCCGUCCUUGCCUGCGAGAGUCACAUUCGAACGCAUCAAAAGAAGCAUAGCAUUUACACGUUCACCAGUCAUGAGCUUUUUGGAAUAGAUAUUUUGCUGGAUGAUACGCUCAGACCGUGGCUUCUCGAAGUAAGUCAUAAUAAGCCUAUCGUUUAUCGUUAA